CAUUGUGAAAAUCAAAGAUUUUCGUUAAGUCGCUUUGUGGCACUGUGUAUGUGGCUUGAUUGCGAAGUGCGAUAAAGCAAGUGGUCGAAAAAGAUAGCAUUGGAAUAAAAAAGCUCAUUUAUAUAGCGAUAAACGAAUAAAAUAGCUAUUUUCACAAAAUAUAACACUAAUUCCAGCUUUAGCUCGCUUCCAGUGAAUAAUUUUUCAACGUGGAAACGAUUAAAAAAUCUGAAAAUUAUAAUGAGUGCUCAGCCUAGUCCCGCCUGCAUGACUCCAUCAACCGAACAGGAAAGGGUAUUUCAAUGGAUCAACGAAUUGGCUCAUCCGGAGAGCCGCGAAACCGCUUUGCUUGAAUUGAGUAAGAAACGUGAAACAGUGACAGAUCUCGCGCCCAUGCUAUGGCAUAGCUUUGGCACCACCGCCGCCCUACUCCAGGAGAUAAUUAACAUUUAUCCAUCGAUUAAUCCUGCCACACUCACUGCGCAUCAAUCAAAUCGUGUCUGCAGCGCGUUAUCGCUGCUGCAAUGUGUUGCGUCGCAUCCGGAUACGCGUACAGUGUUCCUGCAGGCACAAAUACCAUUGUUCCUGUAUCCAUUUUUACAAACCACAUCCAAAACACGGCCAUUCGAAUACCUUAGGCUAACCAGUCUAGGUGUUAUUGGCGCACUAGUUAAGGCUGAUGAACAAGAAGUGAUAACUUUCCUUUUAGCAACUGAAAUCAUUCCACUGUGUCUGCGAAUAAUGGAAACUGGCUCAGAAUUGAGCAAAACAGUAGCAACAUUUAUUCUGCAAAAAAUAUUGUUGGACGAGAGUGGUCUCUCGUAUAUUUGUCAAACGUAUGAACGGUUUUCGCAUGUUGCUAUUAUUUUGGGCAAAAUGGUAAUACAACUUGCCAAGGAGCCCUCUGCACGCCUGCUGAAGCAUGUCGUACGUUGUUAUUUACGUCUUUCCGACAAUCCCAGAGCACGUGAGGCUUUGCGACAAUGUCUUCCAGACCAGCUGCGUGAUGCGACAUUCUCUGUAUGUCUACAGGAUGACAAAUCCACAAAACACUGGCUGCAUUUGCUCAUUAAAAACUUGGAGCUGGGUGCUGUUGCACCAACAGAUCCACGUCAAAUCGGUAUGUCACCAUUGACGUCAUAAA